AUGUGCUCGCUCCGGGUUGCGACAGCGUGUAGACAGCAGGGGGAGCAGGGAGAGGAUGUGCGCUACAUGCCUUCACGUGACGUCAAGGCACUUCAAACUGCGUGCCCUGGGGUGCAUUGGCCUCGAAUCUUAAAGUCAUUCCAACUCAAACUCCUUGAUAUGAUAGGUCGAAAACGAAUUGCCAGUAACAGAGUGCCAUCACUUUUGGUGCCCGCGAGUAACUCUUCACCUCUUAAAGUGACUUGCUUGCAACGAAUCCCGUGUGGUGCCUCUGAUUCUAACGCAUCUCUAUACGCGUCGCUCGCAGCGACUAGUGACGACCCUGGGUGUCUGACUUUCCUCUUCUCUCUCGCGCAGUUUUCAGGCAUUGCCGUCGCGCCAUCCGUCGGCGGUCGCAGGACAGACUCACGAGCUCUCGCUGAACCCAAUUUCAUGCCGGCGAUUAUUCGCAACGACAUCAGAACACGCAAUGAAACUCGAAACAAGGUGGUCCACUGA